GGUAAUCUACGUGAAUCAACCAAGCAGAAUGCAUGCAUCAGCCUCCCAGGAUAAGAACCGGAGGAAGCCAGGUCAUGAUGAAGGUGCUCACAAUCCUGACUACGAGAAUAUAACCUUGGCCUUCAGAAACAAGGACCAACUCAAACUCAGCCAAUCAACACCCACAAAACAAGCCAAGUUCAAGACAUCCCUGGACCCAGCUGAGUCCCCGCCUUGGUUGUACAGAACCAUUAUGAUGUUGUAUGUUCUCCUUGCUCUCGUCUUUUUAUCCUGCAUCGUCCUCUCUGCUUUGGUCUUGGUGAAAAAUUCUGAGAUGUCCAAGGAGCUGUGGACCUUGAAAGCAGAGCUUUCGAAUGUUUCAGACACGGUGUGGAAUAUCCGGGAGCUCCAGAAUCAGCAAACGAGGAUUUGGGAAGCUGCCCAGGGGGACAUCAAGGAGGUCAAGAAGACCCUUGGCACAGUCAUGAGUAGCAUCCAGACUGGAAACGACCGGCUGAAGACUGUGCCGGCAGAUAUAACCCAAAUCAAGAAAACUCUUGAGGCGCUAGAAAAGAAGGCACAGCCUCAGCCCAGUACAUAAGAGGACACCACAGCAGUACCUGUGAAGACUCCGAAUUGCACCUGCUAGUGAAGAUGGCAGAUGGGGGUGGGUACUGAGCUUGAGUGUGAACCUGCCGUGCAUCCUCAUAUAAAAAAGAUUCUCCACCAGGGGGAAUGAGUGUUGAAGAGGUGUGUAUGCAAAUGAGCAUUUGGGGUUUCCAUGUAUUCCAGGAGAAGGGUUUAUGGUGGAAAGAGAACAUGGCAGUCACAGCAGGUGUUACUCUUUAUGGGCCACAUAGGUGUAUGCCCUGGCUUAUGUGAGUAUAGGCAUGUCCUGGUUGGCAGCUAUUCCCGAGAAGUCCCCAAAGUGUAAGUGACAUGUAGGACAUGCCUCCCCAUUCUCUUGCUCAUGUAUGUGCAUCUGGCUGUUCUGUAUGUGUGUCACUGAAGUGGUGGGUGAUAGACAUCACCCUGGAGAUGUGUCAUGGCAUGGGUCAUUCCUAGUGUUUUUGGUCAUGUCAGCUUGUGUGUUCAGGGCAUGCACACAAAUGUAGCCAUCGAUUUCUGCACUUGUAUUUAUGAUUCAAGAAGAUAAAUGCCAAGGGAAAUGA